UUAUUUUCAUCUUAUUGAAAGGUUCUCGAUCGGGACUCGCGUGGGUUUUUAUUUAAAUGGUGUUGCUGGAAACCCUCGCCCUUCUCGGCAGUCUGCAUGGGCUAGAAAAAUUCGGUGCCGUCGCCAUCGACGGAUUCACCUUCAAGCUACAUUACAGAUUCACCUGCAGCGCCAUCUUUGGGCUUUCCUUGCUCCUCUCGGCAACCGAACUCAUCGGGUCCAAGAUCGACUGUAUGAGCUCCGCGGCCAAAGACGCCAGUGCCCAAAGGUUCAUGGAUUCCUACUGCUUCUCCAUGGGCACGAAAACCGUGACCCACUUGUACGAACCCCGGGUAUUCAAGGGCAGCGAUCGGAAACAGUUGCCCAGAGUCGGGGUCCACGUCUUGGCACCGGGUGUCGGGCCGAGGCUGGAUCGCACUUUGGAUCCCAAAACCAGCCAAGAUUAUUUCACCCAGCACAAAUUCUACUUGUGGAUCCCGUUCGUGCUCCUGGUCUCGGGGGUUUCCUUUCGGGUGCCCCGAGAGAUCUGGAAAGCACUGGAACGUGGGAAACUGAGAAGCUUGUUGAAAGAACACGUUGAGCCGGAAAACAGGAAGCUUUACGUCAUGAAAAGUGAAAAAGAGCGGGAAAAUGCGACUGAUCGACUCGCGGAUUAUUUGAUCUCGAGCCACGGAUCGCAUACUUGGUAUUUAGUCAGAUACCUCGGGGCUCAACUGCUUAAUCUCGUCGUCGUAGUCAUGAAUAUACUUCUGAUGGACAAAUUCCUGGCUGGACGUUUCGUCGGCUUAGGGGUGGAAUAUUUGAAAUAUUCUGCAGUUGAUGACGAGGAACGGAUCGACCCUCUCAUCAAAGUUUUCCCCAGAGUUGCUGCCUGUGACUUCCAUACCGUUGGAGUGUCAGGCACCAUCGUGAACAAUCCCGCCAUCUGCAUCCUCGCCAUGAACAUAUUCGCGGAAAAGGUCUUCUUCUUCCUCUGGUGGUGGUUCUUCUUCGUCCUGAUCCCCGUCACUUCCGCGUCACUCCUGCAUUGGGUCUGGGUCGCCACCAGCGCAGCCCGUCGCACCCAGCUCCUGAUGAGCAAGAGUCGUCGGGCGGAACCCACGAGCGUCAACGCAGUCGUCUACCAGAAAAUGUCCAACGUCGGAGACUUUUUCCUCCUCCUCCAACUGAGUCUCAAUAUGCCGACUGAAGCAUUUUCCCAACUCAUUGACGUCCUGGCGUCGUCGGAUAAAUUGCGACAGCACCAGCAGCAGCGACGACGACGAGAUGACGACGCGGAUUCGGCGUCGGCGGGUCGACAGCAGGGCGGCGGGAAUAACGCGUUCGAGAUGACGAGCAAAAUCAUGACUUCUUAUGCUCAUCAUAAAGUGCUUCCGCACACAAUCACGGUUGAAUAGUAUACGAGUGUCCAUGGGAUGUUUGAAAACGUCGUGUGACACAGCGCAAAAUUUCGCUCAAAAGUAUAGUUUGUCUCAAACAUUUUUUUUAAAGCUCUUCAAAUAAUGUGCAAUAAAAUCUCUGUAAGAUUCUCGAGUUUUUUAUGUUUCCCAUUUCUCAUUUUGGAAAAAUGAAGCUGAAUUUGAGAUAGAUAAUUAUGUGACCACGCUUUUUUUUUCGAAGAGUCCGCCAGCUUUGGGCCCUUGAAUGAGUUUUUUUUUGGGGGGGG